UGGCGAUGACUUAAUUCAUUUAGCAGAGGCCCAUUGGAACAGCAGACCAUCAGAACAGCGGACCAGAGGCUGGACCUCUGAUGAAGCGGUGCUAGAGGCUGAUGAAGCUGCGUGCUACAUUCAGUCAGCAAUCGUCGAGGCAAACGGAUGGCGAUCUCAUCAGCAGCAACAGCCUCGUAUCUGCUCAUGGCCCUCACCCACGACAGCCACAGCCACAGCCACAGCCAGAGUCCAAGCGAUGGGAGUGGCAGUGGAGGGGCUGGCGACUCCGAGGACUCGCAGACAGGAGGCCGCAGGAGACGGCCACCCAGACAGAAGAUCAAUGCCAGGGAGCGCUACAGGACCUUCAAUGUCAAUGCCGCCUAUGAGGCCCUGCGCAGUAUGAUACCCACGGAGCCAAUAAAUCGCAAGCUCUCGAAGAUCGAGAUCAUCCGCCUGGCCAGCAGCUACAUCAACCAUCUGAGCAGCACACUGCAGACAGGAACCGAUUUUCAGCCUUGUCUGCUGCAUAAGUACGAAAACGAGGGCGGUGGAGCAGGAGGCCACACCAGACGCAUCAGCAUCUGCACUUUCUGCCUGAAAAGCAAGUGAACGGAACAAUAUGGAGUAAUCAGAUUAAGACUAGAUUAAAUGCAAUUGCAAUGCAUUUCGCGGUAUUUAUUUAAAUUAAAACAGCCUUGGAAAAUUCUUUCAAAUUAACCGCCCAGUAUUGGCGCCAUCUGUUGGACUUGAUCUGUACUCCAGCUGCACGCAGGUUGACGGCACUGCCAUCUAUUGCUGAACUGCUGCAUUGCUGUGUUUCUUGUCAGCUGUGAAAAUAUUUCAGUUUGCAAGCAAUUUAAUAUAUGUAGAGAAACCAUUAAA